GAACGACAAAGCAUUAUCAUUGAAAGGAGUUAAAGAGUUUCUCUAUCUUCAACUGUGUGAUCACUCGGCAGCAUUGGAAUCCGAAGGUUUCUGUUUGAUAUGUCUUUGGCUCUAUUGGAAGGGACAGCUCAGGCAAGCCUAUCUAAUAAAGUAAAAAGUGGGAUGCCUAAUGAUGAUCAGUGUUUUCUCUUGUACUUCGUUAUGGGAACCUACUUUGGGCCCGAUAUCAAAGGGGAGAGUUCCAAAAAAUCAUUAUUGCAAAGAGUAGCUGAGGGACUUCCUCCAUACACAUUGGAUCAAUUAACUGGUUCUUUCAUGAAAGUGGUGGAAUUGGAGCGUGUGUACUAUUUUGUACUUAGGAAGGCUGAUAGAUCACUUGCCCUCAAGUUAUCCUUUUUGCAACGAUUCUUUCAAGGUAGUAUUUCUGGCCAAGGACAAGAUGGUGCUGCCAAUUUCAAUUACCCUCAGUUUCCUGAUUUGUUUCCUCCUGAGCUACAUCCUCAAUCUCGGUUCAAAAAUCGAUUUAAAAUUGUUGAGAACAUUGCUUUUGUUAACAACCCGGAAAUCUCCUACAUGAAGCCAGAGGAGAUUGAAAGGUUCAAGAGGCUAACUGGACUGGAGGAUUUCCAUCUAGACAGAGAUGCUGCAAGAUUGCAUACUUCUUUUGAUGGUAAUGUUCUAAAUGACAUGUCAGUGGGGAAGGAUGAGCCUAAUGGAAAGAUGUCUAUUGUCCAGGCUUCUCCUCUUUUACAGAAAGCAAGAAGCACUGAUGACUUUCCUGAGCUCCAGGAUCCUCUGCAGCAUGUCCAUGUUCCGGCACCUAUCAAUAGCGUGCCGUGUAAUGGUACAAAUAUGAUGUGUAGUUACAUGGCUCCAUUGCAGCCUGAAGACAAGACUGAUCCUGAGAAAGUUGGUCAGGCUAUGUUAUUCCUUCCUUCUCGCCCUACUAAAAAGGAAUGGUCUGACAUUGUGGCUGCUACCAAGAGUGGAUUUGCAUUGACCGGAAGUGCAGUUAUGGGGCAGGUAGGACCAAUAAUAGGACUUAUGGACAUUGGAGAGUGUGAAGACUCAUAUCUGUUUCGUGUGUCUCUCCCUGGUGUGAUAAGGGAUGAAAGGGAAUUCAGCUGCGAUGUCGACCCCAAUGGUAAAGUAGUGAUAGGUGGAGUAACUACAACAGGAGAGAAGACAGUAUCCAGGAACUCUCAGGUGUUUGAAAUGCAAACUCACAACCUUUGCCCCCCAGGCCAUUUUUCCAUCACAUUUCAGCUGCCUGGCCCUGUUGAUCCGCAUCAAUUUUCAGGUAAUUUUGGCACUGAUGGGAUUCUUGAAGGAGUUGUUAUGAAAUGGAAACAUACAUGA